AUGAAUGCGAACAAGAACCCACGGACCAAAGCUCCCGCGCUGCAAGCUGAUGUCAAUCGAGUGGUCAUGUUCGUUGCCUUCCUUGUCUUCUUCAUGGCUGGGCUUUUGACACCCUUGUAUCUCGCCUGGCAAAGCACUACCGAAGAUGACUCGUGGUAUCUGCGCGAAGCCGAAGUCAGAAUCGGGCACGUCUUCACCUCGUUCGUCAUCAUGUUCAACACCAUGUUGCCUUUGUCGCUGUACGUCUCGCUGGAGAUUGUGAAGGUCAUCCAGAUGAUUCAAAUGAACGACAUCGAUAUGUAUGACCCGGAGUCCGAUACACCAAUGGAGCCGCACACCUCGACCAUCAACGAGGAACUUGGCCAAGUCAGCUACAUUUUCUCUGACAAGACUGGAACGCUGACAAACAAUUCAAUGAAGUUCCGCAAGAUGAGUCUGGCUGGCACAGCCUGGCUGCAUGACUUCGACUUGCAAGCAGAAGCACUUAACGGUCCUCAGAAACCCAAGCUCCGUCACAAGAAGAGAAGGAUUAAAGGCAAAGAAAAUGUUUCGAAUGUUUCGCCAUCAGGACCGCAGGACCCAAAGAAGUCAUUCGCGGGUCUGUCGCAGAGAUCAGGUUACACUCGUGCUUCGAUGCAAGGUAUGGACUGGAAGCCCAGUGCUCGAACAGCAGCAUCUCUGCACUGUGGCAAGACGGAACAGCUGCUCGAGUACAUUUACCAAAAGCCCAACUCGGUCUACGCUCAGAAGGCAAAGUUUUUUAUCCUUGCGUUGGCACUCUGCCAUACUGCGACACCCGAGAAAGACGAUGACGGGGAGACCGAAUUCCAGGCUUCUUCACCAGAUGAGGUCGCGUUGGUGACCGCAGCCAAGGAUCUAGGUUACAUUGUAACCGACAGACAGGCUGAGUCAAUCACCAUCAAGUCGUAUCCCAAUGGCACGGAAGAAGAACCAUCGUACGCAACAUACGAAAUCCUUGACGUAAUCGAGUUCUCGAGUCUGAGGAAACGAAUGUCUAUUAUUGUCCGGAUGCCUGACCAGAGGAUAUGCUUAUUCACAAAGGGCGCAGACACAACCAUCAAAAACCUUCUCCAGCUGUCCGAUUUAGUUAGGGAGAGCACUACCAACGUCCGUCGUCGGGCUAGUGAACGAAAGAGUCUAGAGGCCCAGCAUGCUUUGCGGCGAAGAAGCACGCAGCUCCAAACUCCCGGUGAUACACGAACGUCUCAGUCGAUCACCAUCACUGGGCGGAGCUCCAGUCAGCGGAGAUCAAGCAGUGUGGCCAUCGGUAGAGGCACAACUGCACGCCAAAGUGUUGACUUUUGGCUGAAGGAACGGGAAAGUGACGUGGACAUGUCCGUGCCUCGCGACAGCAACUCCUUCUAUACUCCACCGCAAUCACUUCAUGAGGCUACACCACGAGCAUCUGCCGACCCGCGUCCAUCGCUUCUUCGCACGAACACGACAUGGUCCUCCACCUACAACGGAGAGCUUGAUCACCUCGUUGACGAGGGUGUGGCGAUGGACGACCACGCUACCUUUGAGCGUUGCUUCCAGCAUAUCGACGACUUUGCAACAGAAGGUCUCCGGACUCUGCUGUACGGCUACAAGUUUCUGUCCGAGGCCGAAUAUAAGGAGUGGCGUGAGGCGUACGCGGAUGCUUCGACAAGUCUGGUCGAACGCCAGGAGAAGAUGGAAGCAGCUGGUGCGCUGAUCGAAACACAUCUCGAUCUACUAGGUGCUACUGCUAUCGAAGACAAGCUCCAGGAUGGCGUGCCUGACGCCAUAGACCGAUUUCGUCGAGCAGGCAUCAAGAUGUGGAUGUUGACUGGCGACAAGCGUGAGACUGCGAUCAAUAUUGGACAGUCUUGUCGCUUGAUCAAGCCAUACUCGAGCGUGGCCGUUCUCGAUCAUCUGGAGGGCGACUUGGAGGCUCGUAUGAGUGCCACAACCGCUGAUAUCAAGGGUGACACUGUUGCGCAUUCUGUUCUGGUGAUUGACGGUCAGACACUGACGGCGAUGGAAAAUGAUGCAGCUGUUAAGAACGCUUUCACCGAGCUUGCCGUCUUGGCCGAUUCUGUGGUGUGCUGCAGAGCCUCUCCGAGUCAGAAGGCUAACCUGGUCCGAGCAAUUCGUUUUAGAGUCAAAGGGUCCGUGACUUUGGCGAUUGGCGAUGGUGCCAAUGACAUCGCCAUGAUCCAAGAAGCACAUGUAGGCAUCGGGAUCGCAGGCAAAGAGGGUAUGCAAGCCGCAAGGACUUCAGACUACUCGAUCGGACAAUUUCGUUUCCUGGUCAAGCUGUUAUUGGUGCAUGGGCGAUGGAACUACGUUCGAAUCUGCAAGUACACGCUCGGUACUUUCUGGAAGGAGAUGAUCUUUUACUUGGUCCAGGCCACAUACCAGCGCUGGAACGGGUACACAGGCACGAGUUUGUACGAGCCUUGGAGCUUGUCGAUGUUCAACACGCUCUUCACAAGCCUCCCUGUUAUCUUCAUGGGGGUCUUCGAACAAGAUAUGCGACCCGCGACCUUGCUGGCAGUUCCGGAGCUUUACAGCAUCGGUCAAAAGCGUUUGGGGUUCAACUUCAAACAGUACCUUUAUUGGGCAACGCUCGGGGCAGUUGAAGCCAUCAUUGUGUACUUUAUGAUUUUCAGCAUGUAUGGCCAGGCACUCAUCAGGGAGGACAAUCGAGUGUUUUCAUUGGGAGUACUCGGUUUCAGCGCCUGCGUUACGAUCAUCAACCUGAAACUGCAAGCGAUAGAUUUGCACAACAAGACGGCGACGGCGGCUGCCGCGAUUUUCAUCGAGGUCGGGGGGUGGUGGCUGUGGAAUAUCAUCUUGGGCGCCCUCUAUGACCCGAGGGAUGAGAUCUACAAUGUGAGGGGAAGCAUUUUCGAGAGCUGGGGCCGCAGCCUGUUAUUCUGGCUGACGCUGAUUGCCACGGUCCUAGCGAUUCUGCAUCUGGAGCUCAUUCUCAAGGCUCUGUGGUUCACAUUCAAGCCGGGUGACACGGAAAUAUUCCAAGCACUGGAACAGGAUCCUGACGUCAAGAAACGGUUCGAGGAAUCAGCCGCAGACCUGCUGCAGCAAGGCUGGGAUAGGGGCAACAAGAAGUCCAGUCGGGAGCUGCUGCGUGCGGCCGAAGAGCAGGCGGAACGUGAAGCACAGGUGCAACAGUUGCUGGAACGGCCAAGAACGACGACUCCGAAACGGAAUUCCUGCGGUGCGGAGGAGGAAGAGGAGUUGGUGAUGGAUGGCACCAAGGCACGCAAGGCGACCGAGAAGUCAUCGGUGGAUAUCUCAGAGCUGUUUAGCAAAGGCUACGGGAAAGUCGUCAAGUGA